UAACCUAGCAACCGAUCGGUAUGACACAACGAUCAUACGUGUAACCUGUUCAACGACGACGAACUCGAAGUCGACAAGAAAUAUUGCGAACAAGAAAAUCCAGUCCUGAAUUUGUCCUUCCGGAUAUCUAGAGGUCUAAAGAAUGACACGUACUUAGUUCCAACCAUGAGUUCAAGAAAUUCCCUGAGGAGCAGAGAUGGUGGAAGGCCUUUCUCUGCAAACAGAACUCAGCUUCCCCCAAUCCAGACAGACAACAAACCCAAGUACCCUGAAAUAAAACAGAGGGGAUAUUAUUCUGAUGUGAUCAGCGGUGAUGGACCAAAAAGAGUUGGAAAUGUUCUUAGUGGGGCUCCGACUCAACAAGAUGUAUUGUGGAAUGUCGCCAAAGACGAGCACACACCGAAGGUCACAAACUUUACUGGACCUCAGGCACAAGAAGAGUUUGCAAAGGAGAUGGACAAACAAGUUUAUGGACCAACGAGUGAGAUCCUGGCAAAAUCAGAUUUCCCAGAGAAGUCCUUCAAACCAAAAGUGCAGCUACCCUACUUCGUCCCGCCAGGCCGCUGUCCUAGAAAAAUAGAGAUUGAGAGACGGAAGCGGGACUACCAGAGCCAAGACCUGGAGCAGCUCUUGGAGCAAGUCGGAGCAGAGACCAGCGAGCUCAUGCCCAAACAGAUCCAGGGUAACCUGGCUGUGAAGCUCAACGGAGCCGGGGGCUCUGAUCCGGCUCCCUUCCCACCCUUCCUGCCCAUAGAGAUCUUCACCGAUAUGGAGUUUGACUGCAGAACUCCAGAGGAGUGGCUUCAGCUUGGACAGGACAAUGGCUGCAGGAAACCCAUACCAGGAAGAGCCCUUCUUCCUGCAUGGGACUCACCAGAGGAAUUGGACCCCAAAGAUCCCAGCAUUGAAUAUGAAUGGUUUGAUGUGGGUAUGCUGACCUAUGACCCCGAGACUCAGCUAUACCUUGUGCAGAAGACUGAUCUGAGUGGUCGCAUCCUUGACAAAGAUGGCAAUGUGGUGGUUGAUGGAGGCAACAAUGGCAAAGUCCUGUCUCCUGGUCAGUAUUGGGUCCCAAGAAUCCGCUUGAUGUUUGCUGCAGAGGACCCCACAAACUUUGCCAUGGCUGUAGGCAAAGCAUUUCAUCUGAGACAACACACAGAAGCAUUGCUCAGGUAUAACCUCUACGUUGACUUCAUGCCAAUGGAAGGUGUAGGUGAACUAGAUCCUGAGAGUCUAAGGCGUAUGGUGGAGUGGGCCACUGGUGCUCCUUCAUUGGCAAAAGCAAAGAGUCUUGAUGACUAUGUACACACCCUAGAGAAAGAGGUCAACAUUGAAUUCUGCAGAACAAUGAACAGAAUCACCUUCGACAGGAUCGUUGCCAAGAGUCCUGACACGUAUGCUUUUGUCACACUACCCGAACCCGUCAUUCCAGUCAUUCCAGAAACAGGUAUGUGCCCUGAUGUCCCAUCGUACCCGUUCGAUGAGCAGUACGACAACUUUGCUUUCAACUCGCUCCUCACCCGGGAGGAGGCCAUCUUUGCUGUCAACAAGGUGCGAGCAGAGUGCAACAAGGUGUCGGCCAUGUCCCUCUUUCACGUUCCCAUGACCAAGUACAUGAGAUUAGAGGAGUUUGAACAGACCCAGAGCCAGCAAAGUUCACAGGUCCAAUUAUUCCUGAAGGACACCUGGAUCACCACACUCCGUGCUGCUAUCAGGACCAGUCUACGUGAUGUAGGCAAGGGAUGGUUUAACCUUCAUGAAUCUAACUGGGAGGUCUACCAACGAUCCAAACUCAAAAAGUUCAUGGAGAUGGUCAAGUUCUGCAUGCAGGAUUCUUUGAGGUAUCUGGUCCAAGAUUCCCUGGUGAAUUUCACCCAGAUGAUAAUUGACUCAUCGUUCUCCGUCAUGGAAUUACCCGAAGAAGAGAUGAACUGGGGUGAUGAUCUCAUCAACAGUCCUUACAAGCCUAAGAGGAAUAGCUUGUUUCUUGUUGAUCUGAUUCUUGACAAAGAGGGCAGUCAUUUCAGCACAAAUCUGACCAACUUUGAGCCUUCUAUGGUCGGCCUGUUUGACAAAGGCAUUGGAGCUACGCAAAAUGUCCCACAGCUUGAAAAGUAUGUCUUAGAGGACAUCUCCUGGGCAGAUACUCCUCUUCUAGAGUCUGUGGGUGAACAUGAACCAAGGGUUGAGGAGCUGAGAGAUACCAUCCGCACUGCCAUCCGCAAGUCCCUCAUUCCUCUCAGGGCAUACGCCAGAGCGUAUGAACAGUUCCUGGAGAUCAACAACCUAGAACUCAGCGACUACAUGAAGGAGUAUGAUGCCACAGAGCAUACAGCAGCCGAGGUAAAGAAGGAGAUUGAGAUGCAUUUGGAUCGUAAGGAGUUCCUUGAGAACACGAUACCAUCUAACAUCAUGAUAGGACCAUUCUUCAUCAGUACAGAGAAUGUCAGGCAGACACUCUCUAAGAAACGCAAGGCCAUGGCCAAUGCUCUACUGGAGCUCCUGGCAAAGAAGCUCCGUACCCAGGCUGAAGAUGCAUGCGAAGAGUUCAAGUACAUCUCAAGGAAGCUGUAUGAAAAGCAAAACUGUAUUGAGGACCUGGCUGAGCAGAAGGAAUGGAUGAAGACAAUCCCUGAUAAGCUCAAAGAACACCAAGAACUGAUUGACAAGGCCAUGACAGACUAUGAGCUCAUUGAAGAGUUCUACUACAGUCUCUCUACUGAUGACUUCAAUCUCAAAUGGAAUGCCAUUGGCUGGCCACACAAGAUUGCAGAGCAGAUGGAAAAUACCUAUGUACAGCUGGAUGAGGACCAGGAACGGUUCCAGAAGAUCCAAGUCACAGAUCAGAACACAUUCCAAGAUCGUCUUGAUGGUCUUCAGAUGGUAGUAGCUGGUUUCGCAGCCCACACUGAUAUUGGCAAGGCCCACGAGGUUGCCAAUGAAGUCCGUAGGGUCAACAAACAACUCAAGGAAUGUCAGCAACUAGCAUCAAUGUACAAUAACAGAGAACGUCUCUUCGAGAUGCCUGUAACCAAUUAUGACAAGCUGAGCAGGCUUGUUAGAGACUUUGAACCGUUCAAGAACCUCUGGAUCACCUGUUCUGAUUGGCUCAAGUGGCACGAGAGCUGGAUGACCGACCCACUGACCACCAUUGACUCUGAACAGUGCGAUAAGCAAGUCAACGACUCCUUUAUGACCAUCCACAAGUGUGUCAAGAUCUUCAAAGACAUUCCAGGUGUUCAGCUGGUAGCACAGAAAAUCAAGGGAUGGAUAGAGGACUUCAAGCCGUUCAUCCCCCUCAUCCAAGGUUUGAGGAACCCUGGUAUGAGGAGCCGUCAUUGGGACAUCCUCUCCAAGGAGCUUGGCUUUACCCUGGUCCCGAAGGCCACUCUCACCUUCAGCAAGUGCUUAGAGAUGAACCUUGAGGCUCAUAUCGAUAAGAUUGCCAAGGUUGCAGAGAUUGCUGGCAAAGAAUACUCCAUUGAACAGGCUCUUGAUAAGAUGGAAGGAGAAUGGAAGCCUGUUGUGUUUGAGAUCAUGCCAUACAAGGAAACGGGAACGUUCAUCAUGAAAGGAUCCGAUGAGUGCACUCAGCUGCUUGAUGAUCACAUCGUCAUGACCCAGAGUAUGUCCUUCUCGCCUUUUAAGAAGCCUUUUGAAGAGAGGAUCAAUACUUGGGAAGGAAAACUCAGAAUGACACAGGAUGUAUUGGAUGAAUGGCUCGUGUGCCAACGCUCCUGGCUUUACUUAGAACCCAUCUUCAGUUCUGAUGAUAUCAACAGACAGCUCCCUGUGGAAGGCAAGCGAUACCAGACCAUGGACCGGAUGUGGAGACGGAUCAUGAAGAAUGCCAAAGAGAAUCCCCAGGUGAUCUCCUUGUGUCCUGAUGCCAGACUCUUGGACAACCUGAAGGAGUGCAACAAGCUCCUGGACCAGGUCCAAAAGGGUCUCAGCGAGUACUUGGAGACCAAGAGGGCCUCCUUUCCAAGGUUCUACUUCCUGUCCGAUGACGAGCUUCUUGAGAUCCUCUCCCAGACCAAAGAUCCCACAGCUGUACAACCCCAUCUCAGGAAAUGCUUUGAGAACAUUGCAAGGCUGCGGUUUGAAGAUGAUCUUGAGAUCACCCAGAUGUUCUCCAGUGAUGGUGAGAUGGUACCCUUCUCCCAGAGCCUUUAUCCAAAAGGUAACGUUGAGGAUUGGCUACUGGAGGUGGAGAGGGUCAUGAGAGAAAGUCUUCGGGAAAUCCUGGGGAAAUCCCUGGAGCAGUAUCCAAAGGUGGAGAGAACAGAGUGGGUGUUGAACUGGCCUGGUCAGGUGGUCAUUGCUGGCUGUCAAACAUUCUGGACAACCAUGGUAGAAGAAGCACUCGAGAACAAGGUCUUGCCUGACCUAUCAGAAAAACUUUACCAGCAGAUUGCUGACCUUGUUGCAUUGGUUCGAGGACCUCUUCAGAAGAUUCAGCGAGCAGUUCUCUCUGCUCUCAUUGUUAUCGAGGUUCAUGCCAGAGAUGUUGUCGCUAAGAUGGUGGAAGAGAAAGUCCAGAACAGCAACGACUUUGAGUGGAUCAGUCAGCUCAGGUACUAUUGGGUUGAGAAUGGUCUGUUUGUACGAGCCGUGAAUGCCGAAUUCUCCUACGGGUACGAGUAUCUAGGUAACAGUGGACGUCUUGUGAUCACACCCCUGACUGAUCGAUGUUACCUGACCUUGACAGGAGCGCUUCAUCUCAAGUUUGGUGGUGCCCCGGCCGGUCCGGCAGGUACGGGCAAGACUGAGACAACCAAGGAUCUUGGUAAAGCCCUGGCCAUCCAGACUGUAGUGUUCAACUGCUCCGAUCAGCUUGAUUUCAUGGCUAUGGGCAAGUUCCUCAAGGGUUUAGCCAGCUCCGGUGCCUGGGCCUGCUUUGAUGAAUUCAACAGGAUUGACAUUGAAGUGCUGUCUGUGGUCGCUCAACAGAUCACUACCAUCCAGAAAGCUCAACAGCAACGGGUUGAUCGCUUUGUAUUUGAGGGAGUUGAGAUAGCAUUGAAGGCAUCAUGUGCUGUGUUUAUCACCAUGAACCCUGGCUAUGCUGGUAGGACUGAACUACCAGAUAAUCUCAAGGCUUUGUUUCGUCCAGUGGCCAUGAUGGUUCCUGACUAUGCCAUGAUUGCCGAGAUCUCUCUCUAUUCCUUUGGUUUCAACGAAGCCAAGGUCCUCUCCAAGAAGAUUACCAGUACCUUCAAGCUCUCUUCAGAACAACUCAGCUCACAGGAUCAUUAUGAUUUUGGUAUGCGUGCUGUAAAGACUGUGAUUUCAGCUGCUGGCAAUCUGAAGAGAGAGAACCCCAAAAUGGCAGAGGAUCUGAUUGUUCUGAGAGCCAUUCGAGAUGUGAAUGUUCCCAAGUUCCUUCAAGAUGAUCUUAAGCUCUUCAAUGGUAUUGUUUCUGAUCUCUUCCCUAAAAUCAAGGAGGAGCCAAUAGACUAUGGUGAGCUUGAUGCAUCCAUCCGUAAGCACUGCUCUAAACUCAGUCUUAAGGAUGUCGACGGCUUUGUCACAAAGUGCAUUCAACUCUACGAGACCACAGUGGUACGUCACGGUCUCAUGUUGGUUGGACCUGCCGGAUCAGGAAAAACUAUGUGCUAUGAGGUUUUGAAGCGAGCUCUGACAUUCCUGAGAGGGAAGGAAGCGGUAGGAGGAGGCAACUACGAGACCGUGCACACCUACAUUGUCAAUCCCAAGUCUAUAACUAUGGGUCAGCUGUAUGGAGAGUUUGAUCUGCUCACCCAUGAAUGGACGGAUGGUAUCCUAUCAUCCCUCAUCCGGUUUGGUUCAUCCUCAAUGGAUGAGGAUUCUCGUUGGUAUAUCUUUGAUGGUCCUGUAGAUGCUGUUUGGAUUGAGAAUAUGAACACAGUGCUUGAUGACAACAAGAAACUCUGUCUCAGCAGUGGAGAAAUCAUCAAACUCACUGAAUUCCAGCGUAUGAUUUUUGAAGUAGCUGAUCUGGCUGUUGCUUCACCUGCUACUGUCAGCCGAUGUGGUAUGGUGUACCUGGAGCCUAGCAUCCUGGGUCUGAAGCCGUUCGUUGAAUGCUGGCUCAAGAAACUUCCUGAUGCCAUCUAUCCUCACAAAGACAAACUCCAAGCUCUCUUUGAUGCUUUCCUUGAGGAAUCCAUUGAAUUCAUGCGAGCCAACUGCAAGGAGAUAGUAUCCUCCAUUAAUAGUAACCUUACCCUCAAUCUACUCAAGCUUCUUGAUUGCUUCUUCACCCCUUUCGUUCCAAGGGAGGAUAAAGAUGAUGGGGAUGCACCGUUACCCCAGGAGAAGAUGGAUCGCAUCGUGGAGCUGAUCGAGCCAUGGUUUAUCUUCUCUCUCAUCUGGACGGUGGGAGGAACAGUGGACAUGGAUGGAAGAACCAAAUUCAAUGGGUUCUUGAGGGAGAAGAUGAAGAAAGAAAAUGUCCAGUUACCGAUGCCAGAGGAAGGUUUGGUCUUCGACUACAAACUGGACGAUGGCGGGAUUAGCAAACGCCCCUCAAGGGAUGAUGAUGAAGACGAAGAAGGGGCAAACAAGCAGAUCUGUUGGAAGCAUUGGAUGAGUGGAAUUGCUGAGGUUCAGAUAUCUCCCGAGAUGCAGUACUCUGAUAUCAUUGUGCCUACCAGUGACAGUGUGAGAGGGGCUCAUCUUCUUGAUAUGCUUCUCACCAAUAGAAAACAGGUCAUCUGUGUAGGAGACACCGGUACGGGUAAGACCAUGACGAUCUCUGACAAGCUUCUCAAGUCUAUGCCAGUCAAGUACAUCAGUAACUUCAUCUCCUUCUCUGCUCGUACCAGUGCCAAUCAGACGCAGGAUCUCAUUGACAGCAAACUUGAUAAAAGGCGCAAAGGAGUGUUUGGUCCACCUCUUGGCAAGCAUUUCAUCCUAUUCAUUGAUGAUCUUAACAUGCCUGCCCUAGAGGUGUAUGGAGCUCAGCCUCCCAUUGAACUGGUCAGGCAGUGGAUGGACCACAAAGGAUGGUAUGACAGGAAACAGAUCGGUGCAUUCAGGGAGCUUGUUGAUAUCGGGUUCUGUUGCGCCAUGGGUCCUCCUGGUGGAGGUCGUAACCCUGUGACAGCCCGUCUGAUGCGUCAUUUUAACUACGUCUCCUUCAUUGAGAUGCAGAGGAAGAGUAAGGUCCGUAUCUUCUCCACCAUCCUCAACAGUUGGCUUGCGGGUAACACAGCCUUGAAAGAUUAUGCUGGUCAAGUAGUGAAUGCAUCUAUUGAUGUAUAUGAGACCAUCAUCACUCAGCUUCUACCAACCCCCGCUAAGAGUCAUUAUACCUUCAAUUUAAGAGAUCUCUCCAAGGUCUUCCAAGGUAUCCUCAUGGCUGAUGCUUCCAAGAUGGAGGACGUGAGCCAGCUCCUGCGGCUGUGGCAUCACGAGAACUGCCGUGUCUUCCAGGACCGUCUGGUGAACAACCAGGACAGGGAUUGGUUUGCAGGGUACCUGGAAGAAAAGAUCACCAAGGACUUCAGCUGUAAGAUGGAGGAGGUCAACCCAAGGCAGCCCAUGCUCUAUGGAGACUUCAUGAUCGCCAACGUGGACAACAAGGUUUAUGCAGAGAUCACCGAUCAGGAAAAGAUGGUGAACGUUAUGGAGGAGUAUCUGGAGGAUUACAAUCAGGUCAAUACUGCAGUCAUGAGAUUGGUGUUGUUUGAGGAUGCCACUAAGCAUGUGUGUCGUAUAUCUCGUGUGAUCCGUCAACCUCUUGGCAACGCUCUCCUUCUAGGUGUAGGGGGUAGCGGAAGACAGAGUCUCACAAGACUUGCUGCUCAUAUGGCCGAGUACGAUCUGUUCCAGAUUGAGUUGUCUAAGAACUACGGUGUGAAUGAAUGGAGAGAAGAUCUCAAGACUAUUCUUCUCAAAGCUGGUCUGGAAAACAAAGCCAUUGUUUUCCUAUUCAGUGAUACUCAGAUCAAGAGUGAGUCUUUCCUAGAGGACAUCAACAAUAUCCUGAACUCUGGAGAUGUACCCAACCUGUACGGGUUUGAUGAGUUGGAUUCUAUCUACAAUGCCAUGAAACCAAUCGUUCAGGAUUCGGGCAUGCAACCCACCAAGGCUAACCUGUUCUCAGCGUACACCAAGAGAGUCAAAUCCAAUAUUCAUACUGUGCUGUGUAUGAGUCCCAUCGGUGAGGUCUUCCGUGCCCGCCUACGUCAGUUCCCGUCUCUGGUCAACUGUUGUACCAUUGAUUGGUUCAGUGAAUGGCCUGAUGAAGCCCUGCUCUCUGUAGCCAGGAACUUCCUGAAUGACAUCCCAGAACUGGAGGAAGGACCAGAGAUCAUAGAUGGUCUGGUCAGGAUGUGUGUCGUAGUACAUCAGUCUGUCGCUACCAAGUCUAUCCAGUUCUUGGCUGAGCUCUCCCGUCAUAACUAUGUGACUCCCACCAGCUAUCUGGAGCUCCUAGGAAUCUAUGGCAAGCUACUGGGGCUGAAGAAGAAUGAGCUCAAGACCGCCAGGAACCGCACCAAAACCGGUUUAGAUAAGCUCUUGAGGACGGCUGAUGAUGUAGCAGCCAUGCAGGAGGAGCUUGAAACCAUGCAACCUAUGUUAGAGGAAGCUUCCAAGGAAACCUUGGUUACCAUGGAGAAGAUUAAAGUGGAUACGGCUAAAGCCAAUGAGACCAUGGAGAUCGUCCAGAAGGAAGAACAGCAAGCCAUGGCCAAGGCUAAAGAAACCCAGGAGAUUGCUGCUGAUGCACAAAGAGACUUGGAUGAAGCUCUUCCAGCUCUUGAUGCUGCUCUUGCCUCACUUAAAUCACUGAACCGUAAUGAUGUUGUAGAGGUCCGUGCUCUGCAGCGUCCACCCCAUGGUGUGCGUAUGGUGAUCGAUGCUGUGUGUAUCAUGAAAGGUGUCAAACCUAAGAAGGUUGCAGGAGAGAAACCAGGAACUAAGGUCGAUGAUUACUGGGAUGCUGGCAAAGGUCUCCUUCAGGAUCCUGGCAAGUUCCUGGAGAGUCUCUUCGCGUAUGACAAGGACAACAUCCCCGACUCAGUCAUUACAAAGAUCCAACCAUUCAUUGACAAUGAAGAGUUCACCCCUGCAGCCAUUGCUAAGGUCUCCAAGGCCUGUACGUCCAUCUGCCAGUGGACCAGGGCUAUGCACAAGUACCACUUUGUGGCCAAGAACGUGGCACCAAAAAGGGAAAGUCUUCGGCUAGCCAGAGAGGAUCUUGAGAAGACCCAGCGCAUCCUGGAUGCAGCCAAGGCUAACUUGAGGGAGGUAGAGGAAGGUAUCGCUACCCUCAAGGCCAAGUAUGAGGACACCGUUGCCAAGAAAGAGGAGCUGGAGAAUAAGUGUGACCUCUGCAAGGCUAGGCUUGUCAGGGCAGACAAGCUUAUUGGCGGUCUAGCCGAUGAGAAGGGUCGAUGGCAAGAGUCCGUUGACCGUUUAGAGAAGGUUAUUAACCAGAUCUCCGGAGACGUGCUGAUAUCUGCAGGCUAUGUAGCAUACUUGGGACCAUUUACAGGUGAAUACCGCGCAUCCCUGUCAGAGGAGUGGCAGUCCAAGUUCGGUGAAUACCAUGUGCCUUGUACCACCGAUCCCGGUUUCAUCCAAGCCUUUGGCGACCCUGUCAAGAUCAGGACAUGGCAGAUCGCCGGUCUCCCCCGAGACAAUCUGUCCAUUGAGAAUGGUGUCAUCAUGCAGUUCUCCCGUAGAUGGCCGCUCUUCAUCGAUCCCCAGGGACAAGCCAAUAAGUGGAUCAAAGCAAUGGAAAAAGACAAUGGUAUUGAUAUCAUCAAGCUGUCUGACCGUGACUUCCUUCGUAGUCUUGAGAAUGCUGUUCGUUUUGGCAAACCUUGUCUCCUUGAAAAUGUUGCAGAAGAGUUGGACCCCGCCCUAGAACCCAUUCUCUUGAAACAGACCUUCAAGCAACAGGGCAGUACUGUCAUCAAGCUAGGAGAUGCUGUCAUCCCAUAUCAUGAAGACUUCAAGUUCUACAUCACCACCAAGCUUCCUAACCCUCACUACACCCCUGAAGUCUCCACCAAGGUCACCCUAGUCAACUUUACACUCUCACCAAGUGGUCUUGAAGAUCAGCUCCUAGCCCGUGUAGUAGCCGAGGAGAGACCUGAUCUUGAAGAGGCCAAGAAUCAGCUCAUUGUCAGUAACGCCAAGAUGAAGAGCGAACUGAAGGAGAUUGAGGAUAAGAUCCUAGAGAGGCUGAGCUCAUCUGAGGGUAACCCAGUAGAUGAUGUCGAUCUCAUCCAGGUCUUAGAGGCUUCCAAGGUCAAGGCUCAAGAGAUCAAGGCUAAAGUGAUUGUUGCUGAGCAGACUGAGCGUGAGAUUGACGAGACCCGUUCCCAGUACAUCCCUGUAGCUGUAAGAACUCAGCUUCUAUUCUUCUGUACGACUGAUCUAGCCAGUGUGGAUCCCAUGUACCAAUACUCUCUUGGCUGGUUCAUUGGCAUCUUCUUAGCAGGCAUCGCCAAUUCAGAAAGAGCAGACAAUCUGCCUCAGCGUAUUAUAAACAUCAAUGAGUACUUCACCUUCAGUCUGUAUUCCAAUGUGUGUCGUAGUUUGUUUGAGAAACACAAGCUCAUGUUUGCCUUCCUGCUCUGUGUCAGGAUUCUACAGAAUGAGGGCAAGAUCAAUAUGGAUGAGUGGAGGUUCCUGUUAUCAGGUGGUCCAAUCAAAGAACAGCUUCCCAACCCUACGCCAGAUUGGCUAUCAGAGAGAGCUUGGAUGGAAAUACUUUCACUUAGUGCUUUGGACAAGUUUUCAGAGUUUUCAAGAGACUUUGGAAAUCAUUCUGCAGCGUACAAAGCAAUCUUUGACAGCACAGAACCUCACAGGGAACCUUUACCAGGAAAGUGGAACACAGACCUGGAUGACUUCCAGAAGAUCCUGGUCCUGAAGUGUAUCAGAGCAGACCGUGUUACCAACGCUAUGCAGGACUAUGUGGCUACCAACCUUGGACAACGCUUCAUCGAGCCACAGACCGCCGAUCUUGCCGUGGCAUACAAGGAAUCAUCCCCGACAACACCAUUGGUCUUUGUACUGUCGGUGGGAACUGACCCCGCCGCUGACCUCUACAAGUUUGCAGAGGAGAUGAGGUUCUCCAAGAAGCUGACCUCUAUCUCUCUAGGUCAAGGACAGGGACCCAGAGCCGAAGCUCUUGCUAGGAGUGCCAUGGAUCGUGGUAAAUGGGUGUUCUUCCAGAAUUGCCAUCUCUCACCAUCCUGGAUGCCGGCCCUUGAGAGACUUAUUGAAAACAUUGACCCUGACAAGGUCCAUCGCGAUUUCCGUCUGUGGUUGACCAGUAUGCCAAGCCCCAAGUUCCCUGUAGCCAUCUUACAGAACAGUUCUAAGAUGACCAUUGAGCCUCCUAGAGGUCUUAAGGCUAACCUUCUACAGAGUUACACCAGUCUGAAUGAUGACUUCCUCAACUCAUGCAUUGGCAAGACACAUGAGUUCAAGAGUUUACUACUCUCCCUAUCCCUCUUCCAUGCCAUUGCCCUGGAGAGGCGUAAGUUUGGCCCCCUUGGUUUCAACAUCCCCUAUGAGUUCACCACCGGUGAUUUGAGAAUCUGCAUCAGUCAGCUCAAGAUGUUCCUCAUGGAGUAUGAAGAUCAUGUCCCAUUCAAGGUACUGAAGUACACGGCUGGUCAUAUCAACUAUGGCGGUCGUGUGACUGAUGAUCGAGACAGGCGUUGUAUCAUGAAUAUCUUGGCUGAUUUUUACUGUGACGAUGUCUUAGAGGAAGGCCAUAAGUACUCAGAAUCGGGCAUCUAUAAUCAGAUCCCAACAAACCAUGAUCACAAUGGAUACAUGUCUUACAUCCGUAGCCUGCCAAUCAACGAUACCCCAGAGAUCUUCUCUCUACAUGACAAUGCUAACAUCACCUUUGCUCAAAAUGAGACCUUUACUACACUCAGUACCAUCAUGUUACUACAACCUAAGACAGCAUCAGGAGGAGGAAAGUCUAGAGAAGAGGUAAUCGAAGAGUCAGCCAAGAGUAUCCUUGCCAAGGUCCCUCAGCCUAUCGAUUCUGACAUGGUCUCCAAGAAGCAUCCUGUCAUGUAUGAGGAAUCUAUGAAUACUGUACUCAUUCAAGAAGUUAUCAGGUACAAUCGAUUGCUGACUGCAAUCCACAGCACUUUGAAGGAUCUUCUGAAAGCUCUGAAGGGUCUGGUUGUUCUCUCUCUGGAACUGGAGACUAUGUCCAACAGUAUAUUCAACAAUACUGUUCCAGAUCUGUGGGCUGGCAAGGCGUACCCAUCCCUGAAACCACUCUCCUCCUGGGUGACUGACCUGGUGGAAAGGAUGAAGUUUGUUGAAUCCUGGAUCUAUAACGGCAUCCCAAGCGUCUUCUGGAUCUCUGGAUUCUUCUUCCCCCAAGCCUUCCUGACUGGAACCCUGCAGAACUAUGCCCGUCGUGCCAUCAUCUCCAUCGAUACCAUCGGAUUUGAUUUCCAGGUGAUGAAGGAGCCCGCUGAGCAACUGACCAAGCGUCCCGAGACCGGCUGCUUCAUCAGAGGUUUGUACCUUGAGGGAGCGCGCUGGAGUUAUGAUUCUCACCUCCUGGCCGAGUCACGCCCGAAGGAACUCUACACCGAUAUGCCUGUCAUGCAGCUCAUCCCGGCAGCAAACCGCAAGGAACCAGAGACAGGGAUCUACGUCUGUCCCGUCUACAAGACUCUUACAAGAGCAGGUACCUUGUCAACCACUGGUCAUUCAACAAACUAUGUCAUAGCUGUGGAGGUACCUACAGACAAGAAACAGAACCACUGGAUUAAGAGGGGUGUGGCUUUAAUCUGUGCCUUGGAUUACUAAGCCAAGGUGCCUACAGAUAAGAAACAGAACCACUGGAUUAAGAGGGGUGUGGCUUUAAUCUGUGCCUUGGAUUACUAAGCCAAGGUGCCUACAGAUAAGAAACAGGGUCAGUGGAUCAAGAGGGGUGUUGCUUAAUCUGUGCCUUGGAUUACUAAGCUAAGAUACAUACAGAAACGAAACAGAACUACUUAAUCAAGAGGGAUGUGGCCUUCAAAUAUGACUUGGAUUAUUAAGUUAAGAAACCCCCAGACAUAAAAAAACAGCCAUUGGAUCAAUGGGGGGGAUGGCCUUAAUCUGUGCCUUGGAUUUCAAAGCUCAACACUUUUGAUAGGCAACAUUUCAAGUUCUGAGCCUUGUGUUUCAGUUGCAAUUCAAGCCAGUAUUAUUUUUCCUUUUUGUCCAGUCCAUCCUAGAUGCAAAAAUAGGGAUUGUUGGAAAUUGAUUGAGUAAGAUACUGAGUAGGAUUUCCGCUAAAGUUAUUGCACAUAAUUUGUUUAAUAUACCUAAAGCACAUUCAUUUAAGGAUUCUCAUUUUUAAAUUUACUGUAAAUGGAGUGUAUUGUUUUGUUAGUUUCCUCCUUUUGGACUAUGAAUUAUUUGAGAUGCUUGAUUGUAAAUAUGAUAAUUCAUUGGGAAAUGUAAAUAUAACAAUUUAUACCCAUUCUUACCAUGGCAUAUAGCGUAUAUAUAUCACUUAAUCACCUUGAUGACAACAUUGGAGUCAGUGCCGGCCACAACCCACAGGGUUCAACAUCGGCUGUAUUAAGCCGGCCAUGACUCCAUUCCAUUCUUUCUUAAUGAAAACCUUGGAUAUUGUAACCAAAGAGAAGAGAGGCCUUAUUGUGUGAGGCUAUAUUUUGGCAUUCAAAUGUUUUCAUAAAUUUUCACCCAUUCUGCAUAGACAGUAGGCGUGGCAGUAUAUUUUCUAUAUAUGGAAAUAUUCAGCUACACUUAAUUGAUGAAAUUAGAGAUUGUUUUAUUUGCAAAAUUAUUUCUGGAGUAGGAAAAGGAUGCAGACCUUUUUUCUAUCCUCUUUAUACAAUUCAUAAAUGUAAGAAGAAUUUUCUCUAAAAGAUUUAUGAAUAUUGUGCAAAUAAUGAAUGUUUAUGAGUGCAAUGGACAGAAUACUUAAUGAGGUGAAAGAUGAAUGAUCCAUUCAAUGAGGCAUAGCUUUCACCAAAUGAAGUAUUCUGUCCAUUGCACAAUGAAAGGAACUUUCAUUAUAUGGUUUAUAUUACACCUCAAAAUAGAUUCUUUUUCAUAUGAAAUUUAUCAAUUCUGAUGCAAAAUAUGAUCAUGCAGUGCGAGCUUGGUCUGUUUAUUGCCGCGUAAAUUAUACAUACAUGCAAAAAUUUAUGGAUUCAAAAUUUCACGGUUGAUGACGUCAUUGUAAAUGGGCUGAAUGAUCGAUAUCAAACAGCCAAUCAAAUGACAAGGAUCUAUCUACAUGUAGGUGUCAUAUAAGUUAUUAUAAUUUAAUAAAUACCAAUGAUAGCAGAAGAAUAUAGGUAAGAUUCGAGUAGAAACUUAUUGGUAGUUCAAAUGACAUUGCCAGAAAACCUGAAGACUUACACCAAAGUGUUUAAGUUCAGUUGGAUCAUUCCUAUCCUUCCCAUCCUAUUUUUCUGUAGCCUUUAUUGCAAUAUAUUUUCUAUGUGAAUUGACAUUGCAGUGGGGUGGUAUCAUUAGUGUUGCUACAAAGUUGUGAGUUUUGUCAAAAUAAACAUGAAAUUAUUGGCUGUUCAGUUGAAGUCAAAUGAAGAAUUAAUAAAGAAUUUAAACUUUACAAAGAUAUAUGCACUUUUUAUGAAUCCAUGUAUGUAAAUAUAAAUUUGUAUUUGUAUAUUCAUGUAAAUAAAUAAAUUACAA